CUUCUUUUUCUUUCGAAAAUAUUUUGCUAAAGGGUUUUCAUUCUUUCGAAAAUAUUUUGCUGGGUUAAUAUUGUUCUCAUAGUAUACUCUGUUUUUAUCCUUACAAAAACACAACCACUCACUCGUGAAAGAAUCUUAAAUGUUUUCAAUGCUCCUUGAGGAAUUUUCCUCUGCUUCAGGGGAUUUUCUUGGGAACUUUCUCUUCUAAAAAAAAAAAUAUCAAGAUUCGUUUCACAGUUGCUUCAUAAGUUUGCAGAGGCAUUUCUUCAUCUCAAAGGAAACUUUUUUUCCAGGAAAAUAAAAUUUCAAGGUAGUCUCUUGAGCUCAAAACUAUCAGCAUUUCUUCUUCCUGCAAGGUGUCUAAGAAUCUAAAACACAAGUGGUGAGUUCUUCCUGUUUCUUAGGAAUUCACAUGCAAAAAAAAGUAAAUAUAUUAUCGUUAUGUAUCAAAUGAUCUCCUCACUUGGCCUUAAACUUAGAAAAUGUGUAUUUUUAGCUUAUCUUUUUUUUUUUUGAAACAAUAUUUUUAGCUUAUCUAUUGUUAUGAAAUAUAUGAAUGACAAAAGAGUAAAGAGUCAGAUUUAAAGAGUGGACCCAGUACUUCUUGGUUCAGAUUUCAAUUUUUAUUUUUCUCUGUUUUUCAGUACUUUGAUGUGAUUCAUGAAUUUAAUGUGCCUCUCUUUGCAGGUGUAUGAUGAUCAUGAUUCCUAAGUGAUUAUAUUUUCCUAAGUAGUUUGUGUGUUUAUGGUCUUGUGUGUGGCUAUGGAGAAACACUUUUUUGGCAUGCCAUUACUGCUUCUAGUUCUGCUUUUAUCCUCCAUAGACAGAUCAACACAGCUUCAAUCAUCUCAAUCUCAAACCCUUUUGAGGCUGCAACAGCUUCUCCACUAUCCCAAUGUCUUAAACAGCUGGAACAACUUCACAGACUUCUGCAACUCGGAGCCAAAUGCCUCUCUAACCGUUGUGUGCUACGAAGAUAGUGUAACGCAGCUCCACAUUAUAGGAGACAGGAAAGCUCACAUGUUACCAAAGAGUUUCUCAGUAGACUCAUUUGUCACUACUCUUGUUAAGCUCCCUGAUGUUAAGGUUCUCACCUUAGUGUCCCUUGGAUUAUGGGGUCGGUUACCUGAGAAAAUCAACCGUUUGUACUCGUUAGAGAUUCUCAAUGUGAGUUCUAACUUCCUCUUUGGACCCAUUCCUCAUGAACUCUCCUCUCUUGCAACCCUUCAGACACUCAUACUCGAUGAGAACAUGUUUUCUGGUCGUGUACCGGAUUGGAUUGGUUCUUUACCGAGUUUAGCUGUGUUGAGCUUGAGAAAGAACGCAUUCAACGGCUCAUUACCUUCUUCAUUACGUACCUUGUCAGGUCUUAGAGUGCUUUCUCUAGCUAAUAACCGGUUUAAUGGAGAUUUACCUGAUCUAAGCCGUUUGACAAACCUUCAAGUGCUUGACCUUGAAGGAAACUCUUUCGGACCGUUGUUUCCUCGGUUAAGUCACAAGUUGGUUACUCUUAUACUCAGCAAGAACAGGUUUAGGUCGGCAGUAUCAUCUCAAGAAGUGAGUUCUUUGUAUCAGCUUCAACAUUUGGAUCUUUCAUUCAAUACAUUCGUUGGUCCGUUUCCCACUUCCUUGAUGUCUCUCCCUGCCAUAACUUACUUGAACAUUUCACACAACAAACUCACCGGGCGGCUUUCGACAAAUAUUUCUUGCAACUCAGAGCUGAUGUUUGUGGAUCUCUCAUCGAAUCUUCUUACAGGAAGCUUGCCUGCUUGUCUUAAACCUAGUUCUGGAACUAGCAGAGAUGUUGUCUAUGCAGGUAACUGUUUAGCUACUGCAAAUGAAGACCAGCGUCCAGUUUCUUAUUGUAGCAAUGAAGCUCUUGCUGUUGGAAUCCUACCAAAGAGGAGGAACAGGGUUUCCAAGUUGAGUAUUGCCCUAGGGGUAACCACAGGCAUUCUUGGAAUGAUUCUCCUUGUUGGUGCAUUGUUUGUGGUUCUCAGGAGAAUGAAUGCUAAGAGAACAGCAACGAAAGCUUCACCAAGAUUGAUCAAAGAGAAUGCUUCAUUUGGAUACACAUCAAAGCUACUCUCAGAUGCAAGGUAUAUCUCUCAGACAAUGAAGCUAGGAGCACUAGGUCUUCCUUCUUACAGGACAUUCUCUCUGGAAGAACUUGAGUAUGCAACAAACAACUUUGAAUCCUCUGCUUUCAUGGGUGAAGGUUCUCAAGGACAGAUUUAUAGAGGAAGGUUAAAAGAUGGAUCCUUUGUGGCAAUAAGAUGUUUGAAAAUGAAGAAAAGUUGCAGCACCCAAAACCUGAUGCAUCACAUUGAGCUCAUAGCUAAACUGAGGCACCGUCAUUUGGUUAGCGUGCUAGGGCAUUGUUUUGAGUGCUAUUUAGAUGAUUCAACAGUCAGCAGAAUGUUCUUUGUCUUUGAAUAUGUCCCAAAUGGAGAACUCAGGAGCUGGAUCUCAGAUGGGCAUAUGGGAAGAUUGCUUACUUGGGAACAACGCAUAAGCAUAGCCAUAGGUGCAGCAAAAGGGAUCCAGUUCUUGCAUACUGGUAUUGUACCUGGUGUUUAUGAUAACAACCUAAGAAUAACAGACGUUUUGCUUGAUAAUAACCUCGCUGCAAAAAUCAGUAGCUAUAACCUUCCAUUGCUAGUGGAAGGUCUUGGAAAGGUGGGGCAAGUAGUAUCUCGAACCUGUCCCAAAGGCACUCCAAGGUGUGUUAAAGAAGAAGAUAAGAUCGAUAUCUAUGACUUUGGAGUGAUCUUACUUGAACUUAUAGUGGGAAGACCACUGAGAGCAAAGGCUCAAGUCGAUGUUCUUAAAGAACAGUUACAAGCAAGCAUUUCAGGGGAUGAUGGAGCGCGUAGGAGCAUGGUGGAUCCAACUGUCCAUAGAACUUGUUCAGACCAAUCACUCAAGACGAUGAUGGAGAUAUGUGUAAGGUGUCUCAUCAAAGACCAUUUAGAACGGCCUUCCAUUGAAGAUGUCCUGUGGAAUCUUCAGUUUGCUUCUCAAGUCCAAGAAGGCUGGCUACAAAACAGCAAUCCUCCGAGCAUUCGCGGCUCGCCUUCUCCUGCAGCUUCCUCUCUUCCUCCUCCCUCUCGUUUACACAUAACAACACUUGAAUCUCCCCGUGAUUCAGGAUAUGAAGAACAUGAGAGGUAGGGAGACACGAGUUUUGGUUUGAUCCGUUGUGUGCUCUUCACUAGCCUAUGUUGAGGAACCUAACUUCUAUCUAUAAUGCAUAGUAAAAUCAGUUAUAUAAGUUUCAACUCGAACAAUAAACUGGUUAUUUCAUUAAAAUAUAAACUACCAACUCUACAUUUUUUUGGCUA